AUGGAAGAAGACAAAGUUAUCAAGUACAAAAGUGAACCGAAACCAUUUGUGUAUAACAAAGCAUCAGAACUGGAAAAAGGUUCUCAAAAUGGACUGAAUUGGGUCGCCUCGUAUUCUACAUCACUCACAAUGCUCACAAAACUCGUUGAUACAGGCUGUCACAUUCUUGUGACGUAUACGAGGAACGAGAAGAUUCCAUUGCUAAAGUUCGAUGUAGAAUUAACAAAUUCUGGGGAUAAGAUCACCAGAAGAAUCGGACUCACUACCGACAUUGGUAGGAGUAGCGGAUACUCCGAUGGUCACUUCACCUACGAAUUCACAUUAAAACCGUAUCGUCUCUCGACUCGAAAUUUUCCGAUCGAUCAACUAUUCGUUUCUUCGUUUGCUUCAGAUGUCGUUCUUGUCGUCGAUGGGUACAAAAUGCAUGUUAAUAAAUCUUUUCUCUCGAUACAUUCCGAUUUUUUCCGCUCGCUGUUUUCUAACAAUUUCAAGGAAGGAUCAAUGACUGAAAUUUCAAUAGAAGAAGUGAAAUACGAAGAAUUUUCACGUUUAUUGGCUGUCAUUUCUCCGAAUUCAGUACUUCCAACAGAUGAAUCUGUCGAAGGUCUUCUGAAACUCGCCGAGUAUUUUCUGAUGCCUGCAGUCAUAAAUGUCGUCGAGCAACACCUUCUCGGAGCCUCUCAUUUUUCCUUCUUUCAAUCAUUAUUUACCGCAGACAAGUAUAAAAUGGACAAACUUCUCGAUAAGUGUAUCUCGCUCGUUACGACACUGGAUCAUGUCAAAAGAGUGAAGGCUUUUCCGGAAUACGAUAAUCUCAAUCAUAUCACUAAAUCGAAAAUUCUUGAUCGUCUUAUGCAAGUGGUCUAA